ACCUGGACGGGGUCGACUGGGGAUCAAGAAGCCCUGUGGCCUAGGUCAGUGGCCCGCAUUGCACAUGGCGGGUGCGCUGGCUUACCAUCUCCCCAAGUAGGAGAGUGGACGUCAUAAUUUGUGGUAGAGGGGGUACGCGUUCGCGCGGCCCCUGCCAAAUCUGAUAAAUUUAAUUUAGGUCCUUUGUCAGUUAAAAGUUGAUUGUUUCUCGAAUUGUUGUUUACUGUACUGUAAGAGUUUGAAAUCUGUUAAAUUUAAAUUAGGUCCUUUGUCAGUUGAAAGUUUGGUCGCGACUUGCAUUAUUGUUCACUGUACUGUUUAAAGAGUUUGAAUAGAGAAUAUCUACUCAUAAUAACUUAACAAUCUUGACUAGUGAUUAAUAUUUAUUUUGACACCGAUAUUCAUUUCGGCUGUGUGAUUCAGCGCUUCCAUUUUCAGGAGAUCCUCUUCCUUCCGAGAGAUUCUGAUAUUUGCUAUCAGCAUGAAACAUGUUUGUAAAAUUGCCAUCAGACCCACAUUUCAUAGACCCAGCUGGACCCACAAUUCAUAGACACAGUGGUAAUUAUAAAAAGAAGACAACAUUGUGAGUGGCAAAAAUCCAAUUAUCUCCUUCCUGUGUGAUUCAGCGCUUCCAUUUUCAGGAGAUCCUCUUCCUAAGUCACAGCUACCACUUGCCCUCUUGCUCCCCGCCUUGCCUCCGCCACCGCUAGUAUUAGGCGACGCCGGGUGAGAAAGCCUAGCGCCGAGUCCGUUCCAUCUCCGCGGCCCUUCCACGCGCCCGAUCACGCCACCAGAUGCGUCGUCACCGUUGCCGCCGAUCGACACCCCCGACGACGGGCGACGGCAGCGACGUGGAGGACAAGAUCGACCCGCUGUGGGGCAGGACCCGCUAGGCGCGCCGGCCGAAGGGGACGGUGAGGAAGCAGCUCGAUCUGGACGAAGUUGACGUGGAGGUGGCUUCGGGGGCGGGGGCGGGAGCGCAGGCCAAGGGGGGAAGAGGAGGAACACGAAGAUGGAGGAGGAGGCGCCGCCCAUGGAGUUGGUCCGGGAGAAGAAGCUCUCUGAGAAGGAUGGUUUGAGUUGCAAGAAGGAUCUCCAUAGUUGCGGCACCAAAGCUUCAGAUGAGGAAAUUUCUGAUCGGUUGCAAGAGAAUCAUGACAACACCCAGCCAAGUGAUAACCAUAACUAUUCGGUAGAUCAAACUCAACUGCCCUUUCUUCAAGCCCUACUGAGAGUACAGAUGAAACGGAGUCAUCGUUUCUUGGACAAACUGCCAGUGGUUCACUGGCAUCUUCUCACAGAUAAGUCUAUAGAUCCUACGUAUUUGGUAGUGAUGACAGCAACAGCAGCAGUAGGAGCUGCAACUCUACUGCAGAGAGUAAUUCAGAUACGGACCAAGCCAACUCCUCCCAACCCACGAAGGCCAAGUUCAGUUCAGGCGUUUCACUCUUCGACAUCCUGCGCAGGACAUCAGAGCAGAGCAAUCAGGAAAGCUGUAGCACAGUCAGCGGUGCAUCGGUUCUCGGCAUUCAAAUUAUUAAAGAGGUUUUCUAGGGUGAGCUCGAAAAAUUGACAACUCCCAGGAGGUUCAAGACAGAUCACAGUCUCACAGAUGGUGCCUGUAUGGUUGGAGAUUCUGAAUUCUGACCACUGGCCUGGAAGUUCACGACGAAAGCUGUCUAGAAAAAGGCUUCAGGCGAGGCUCGUGAAAAAGGAGAGGCGAGGAUGGCUCCUGGUUGCCAUUCAUCUUCGUGCUGUUAGUGCCGUGAGGGUGUGCUGUUGGAGCUUUUUUUUUUCUUCACGGCUGGGGACGGUGGAUAGGGAUGAAAACGGUCGGAAACGGUAUUUAUUCGGUAAUCAGUUUUUUCUUUGAUUAUGAAUAAAUAGAAUAUAGAAUAUAUAAUACAAAUUUGUAUUCUUGUUUUU